AUGGGCCCCAACAACGCUGACAUCUUCCGCUAUGUCAGUAGUUUGCCUGCGCGUCAAACAGUGUUGAAGGACGCUCACGAAGUUUUCAAGGCUGCUAUUACGACACAAAAUUGUUCUUGGGAAGAGAAAUUUCUGCGAAACUUUGAAUUCAACACUCUUGGUAUCAGCGAGGCGCCUAUAUUGAACAAUACAAAUCACAAGGAAGUGAGAGCAUAUGUGACCAUAAUAGAAUCGACAAAUGAGUUUCGGCAGCUGAAUUCUCAACCUGAUUUCACCUACGGAUGGAUUUCCCCCCAAUAUAUGAUCGACAAUCAUGAAAUACCCGCUUGGUCCAAGGUAGAAGCAGAGGCUGUCGAUGGGGAAAAUCUCCUCUACCCUUUUCUAGUGGUCAAAUUCGAUGACCCUGACAACGAGCAACGCGGAAACCUUCAUGAGACAGCACACAACUGUAUUCAAGGCGGUUCUGUCAGUGUCAGGAUGGUCGAGAGACUGCGCCAUCGCCUUGCAGAGCGCGGCGGGAAUAUUCCAGGACUCUAUAGCUCUGUGUUCAGCUUCGUGUGA